CAGUGAGCAGCCUCUGGCCAGGAGACGAGGCCGGGGUUGAAGUCUAGAGCCAUGACUUGCCGGUGGGUAACCCCACCCGCUGGUGAUUCCCCUGUGGGGACAGGUGGAGCCCUAGGAAUCGGGACCUCCCAGAGGUGGUUUGUUUGUGUGUAGUAACAGGUUGCAGACUGACCAGGGAAAAAGCCGAUGCAAAAGAGCUACUUCAGAAAUGUGUCAAAGAAAAGUGAAAACGCAGCCCAGCGGUCACUGAAGGGGGAGGGAGGAGAGAUAAAGGACAGGAACCCGGCACCUGGAAGGACACAGAACAGCGGGACACAGGCGCAUGGAGCAAGACGAUGAUUUUGGAGCCACCAGCAACUGUGAGUUAGCUCUGUCGCCGCUCGGAUCCUAGCACAGGACACGCCUGACUCAUUUCCUGGUUUUGAAUGAUGGGCUCUUGGAAGCACUGUCUCUUCAGCGUGUCUCUUGUUUCUGCCCUUGUUUUCGUGUUUGUUUACAACAGCGAGCUAUGGGAGAAUAAACGUUUUCUGAGGGCAGCUCUGUCCAACGCUUCGCUCUUAGCCGUCGCCUGUCAGCAGAUUGUUUCCGGGAAGGUUUUAUACACAGCAGAAAACACGCUGAAAACGACCCUGGAGGAAUCUACCUGUCGUGAGUACAUGGUUCAGAGCCAUUAUAUAACAGAGCCGCUGUCCGAAGAAGAGGCUGACUUCCCUCUGGCCUUCACCUUGACCAUCCAUAAAGACUUCAGGACUUUCGAGAGACUCUUCAGGGCGAUCUACAUGCCCCAGAACGUCUACUGUGUGCACGUGGACGAGAAGGCAACAGGUGCAUUUAAGGACGCUGUGCAGCAGCUGCUGAGCUGCUUCCCCAACGCCUUCCUGGCUUCCAGGAUGGAGCCGGUUGUCUACGGCGGCAUCUCCAGGCUGCAGGCCGACCUGAACUGCAUGAAAGAUCUUGUGGCCUCCAAGGUGCCCUGGAAGUACCUCAUCAACACCUGUGGGCAGGACUUCCCCCUGAAAAGCAACAGGGAAAUCGUCCAGUACCUGAAGGGGUUCAAAGGGAAGAACAUCACCCCCGGGGUGCUGCCCCCUGAACAUGCCAUUGGACGGACUAAAUACGUGCACCGGGAGUUGUUAGACAGCAAAAAUUCCUACGUGCAUAAGACAGCCAAACUAAAAGCUCCUCCACCUCACAACAUGACCAUUUACUUUGGCACUGCCUAUGUGGCUCUCACGAGGAAAUUUGCCAACUUUGUCCUCCAAGACCAGCUUGCCAGGGACUUACUCUCCUGGUCCAAGGACACCUACAGUCCUGACGAACAUUUCUGGGUGACGCUCAACAGGAUUCCCGAUGUCCCUGGCUCGAUGCCCAAUGCAUCCUGGACUGGGAACCUCCGAGCUGUCAAGUGGAGUGACAUGGAGGAUAAACACGGAGGCUGCCAUGGCCACUAUGUGCACGGCAUCUGCAUCUAUGGCAAUGGAGACUUGAAGUGGCUGAUGAAUUCGCAAAGCCUGUUUGCUAACAAGUUUGAACUCAACACAUACCCCCUGACGGUGGAAUGCCUGGAACUGAGGCUUCGAGAAAGAACCCUCAAUCAGAGUGAAACAGCAAUACAACCCAGCUGGUAUUUUUGAACUACAACGCAUGACAGAAGGGAAAUCGCAGAAGAAGCUUUCGUUGUGAGAGACUUGUGCCUCGACUGUGUUAAGGGUCCCGGGGCCUGGCUGUGUAGACUUCAGCUGUGCACGGUGAUGCUCUGAAGUACCCCAGCAGGGCGGCUGAGAAGAGCAAUCCUGGCUCCUUGACCAGUUCGGCGGUUUCUUGAUACUCACCUCUAUAUGAGGCUGUGCUUCUGAUCAGUGGUAAAUAUUGCCAGAUCUCUGCAGCAGAUUGUUGUAGAAAUAUGUUCCGAUGAAAAAGGAGAAUUGUAGAUAAUAGUAUUUGAGAAAAUAGGAAUUUGAUUUCUUUGAAGAAAAAAAAUCUUUUCAACACAUUAGUAGUCACCACUAGAAUCGGCACGCCCAUAUGGGUUCCAGGGGUCUCAAGUGGCUGCUGACCAAUGCUCAACACUGUUCGACCACAUACAGGCAUAGAAACAGCUUUUCUGGGUAACUCGCCAAGGUCUUUAAAACAUAACCUCCAGAAUUGAGAACAGACCUUGUCUCUGAGUUGCAACACUAGCAUUUUCAGUUGCCCAUGUCCAGAGUUCUGUGUGUAGUAUAAAGCCAUUAACACAAGCUCAUGCGGGCGUGAAGAUAGGUGUUACUGUCUGCUGCUCCAGGAAUAGGACCUCGGGGAAACAGAACAUUUCUCUACAUAUGCUGGAAUGUGCUCUGACCCUCCUCCAUGGUGUCCAUUGAGAACUCUAAGAAGUCCUUGCAAAAAAUGAAGAUAUUCCUACAAGAGGUGCUGUUGCACGAAUCUUGCGUGGUGUCUGGAACGCCUUACAAGGAAGCACUCCUCGGCUACAAUCCCCUCCUCUCGGUGUUAUGUAACUUGCAAAAGAGUGGCCGGAUUCUGUCCUGCGAGGCUUCUAACGACACUGUAGUGUUCUCUGAGUAGCUUUACAACACCCAGUGCUGAUGGCAGUGCCUUCAUUUCUAAAUAUAAGGGCUUUCAGCCGUGGGUGACCAUCUCUGGCAUUAACCCCCUCCGUCCAGCCACCCACACAUCCGCUCUUCCAUGCAGGUUGCAUUCCAGAAAUAGUUCUGCAGUGUUUGCUUUGCUUCUGCCAGGCCUGUGCCGAGACACGUCAGAUUACCUCUCGAAAUCUCUGGAAUAAUGUCAAAUUGGAGGGCCCGCCGUGGAAGGUCUUACAGAGCAGUUGCAUUCAGCACUGUCAUGACGAGUUUAUAUGUGGCGAUUUCAGGCCAAGUAGAACACUGAUUACCAGCGGAGGUUAAAGCAGAGAUUGUUCGAAAGGGAGGGGAGUGGGGAGACAGAAGCUACAGGCCGCUGCGCUGUGUUCCAGGCCACCUGUGAGCCCCGUAUGUUUCCUUUCAUUCAAACCUCACAGCACUCCUGAGGGGCUCACAUGAUGACCCUCACCCUGCAGAUGAAGUAGCUGAGGCCGAGAGGAGCCAGUCAACACUGGGAAAUGGGUUCUCCGACAGUGAGCUGGGAUUCUCUCACUGCCCUUCUCGGUUCAUUUCUGGGGGUGGAAGAGCGAGAGAAGCGGAAAUCAAGCUGUAUUGAGCGCACCAGAAAAGGCAGGUUUUAGUUACAGUCUCAGUGUUACCAUUGAGAGAAGGUCCCAUCACCUCAGAGAAAUGUGAAGUCUACUUGUGAAUUGCUCUGAUCCACUGAGCUGUUCGAUAUUUAUUUAUUCUAACGAGAACCAAUGACUACAACUGAAGUGACACUGAAUUAACACACUUUUACUCUUUUCUCUGUGAUUGUACCCGUUGAAUGUUAAUCAUAUUUAAAGGGAAUGACUUUGAAGUGAAGCCUUUUUUCCAGCUACUGAAAAACACAAGGGACUGUUUCAGGUGGAGAAUUGUUGACAGGUAGAGAACACACCUGGGGUCAAUGCUGAGGUCUGACGUCUCUUGAACACGUUAUGUAAGUGAUCGCACCUGAGAAGAAAUGUGUUACACUGGAUUUUCUCCCGUAGCACGAGCAAUUUUUCUGGAAUUGAUGUUUACAUGUCUGUUGCUGGUCAUCCCACCCACGUCUUAAAUGCUUUAGUGUCGGAAGAAUGUAGCGUUUGGCUGAUAGAUUUCUUCCAACCCACUGGGAUGCCCUGAAACUACUGUAUCUGUCUUUGUUUUUGAUGAUGUUCUGUGUUGUUUCCUUGGAAAUAAAUUAAUAUAUUAUUUUCCACC